AUGGCAGCCAAAAUCUCUUCACUCGAUAUUCAACUCCUUCGCCUGGCAACCAAACGGAUCGUACAACUAUCCUACACUCUCACUCCUGCCACCGCCCCCCUUCGAACAAUUUCCUGGCUCAAGGAGCGCCAACCCAACCAUCUCCCCGCCCUGCUCACCUACGACCGCUUCUGCCAGGGCCAAACCACCGAUCGCGACCCUGCAGACGCUGUCGCCUCCGAUCCUACUCACGGCCACGACCUGACCGCCGCAGUCGCUGACCUCCAUCAACUAAUCACUCAAAUCGUCGCCGACAGGACACCCAUCGGCAACGUGGAUGCCGCACAACUAGUCCUCGUGGGUAACUCCAUCGGAUGCGCGCUUUCUCGCCUGUACGCACACGAAUACCCCGGCACUGUUGCCGCCCUCCUCCUUCUAGAUAGUAACCUCGCAAACUCCGACUUCGUCUCCAUCUUCCCGGACCCCGAGAGCCCCGUGAGUGUGGAGACCCUGCGACUCGGUCGUGGAAUGAUGCGAAAAGUCUUCCAUCCCGACGUCGGAAACAAGGAAGGACUAAGUCGAAGGAACCUCCCGACGCUCCUCCCAUCCAGUGACUCACCCAAGCUUCAAGGCGUGAACGGUGGUGGGCCCUAUGUAACCGUCAUAGGACAUGACUACGAAGCCUUUGCGGAGGAGUCGGCCAAAAUGGGGUUUCCGAGGGCUUUUUUGACGCAGUAUGUGAAUCCGUUUUGGAAUGAGUAUAACCAAGGGUUAGUCAGGAUUACUGAUGCUGCGAGAGGCAAUGGUCCCUUGUUGGCGCCUGGUUCCGGCCAUUUUGUGCAGCGUGAUAAUCCGGAUUUUGUGGUGGAGGAGUUGGUGAAUAUUUUGGGAAAGGUUAGGAUUUGA